AUGGCUGCUCCAGAAAUAUUGAUGUCCAAUCUCAAGGCUGGUUACCCUAAUAAAAAGAUCGUUCCAAAGCUCUACCAGGAGAACAUCAGGCCUAUUUAUGAGCAACUGGCUUCGGUGAAGAUUACAGAGAAGUUUGACCCAAAAGUUCACCUAAGUUUCCAGGCGGAAUCAGUGUCCACCACCAAAAGGUUGACCAUGGCCGAACUGGGAAUCUUCAGCGAGACUGCCAUUUCUGAUAUCGGGGUUUCCGAUCCGUUCGAUCUUUUCACUGAAGAGGCCGUUGAAAUUAUGCGUGCUGAAAUCCUCAGAACGGAAGUUUUCGAGAAAUGGGCCAGAUACUCGUAUUCCUCCACCACGGGGUUGGACUGUGUAAUUAGAGGUUAUGCCAAAUACACCUGUCCAUUCACAUACGCUGCUUGGACACACCCAGAAACUGUCAAGGCCGUCAGUCUCAUGGCUGGAGUUGAGCUCCAGGUAAUCAUGGACUAUGAGGUCGCUCACAUCAACAUCGCGAUGAAGAGCAAGGAAGAUGCCGACAACCAGAUCAUCGAGGCUAAGAGAAAAUCAAACAUGAAUGACGAGUAUGACGAUAAAAUUCCUGCUGUUGUUGGCUGGCACAACGACUCAUACCCAUUCGUAUGCGUCUUGAUGCUCAGUGACACCACUGCGAUGAUCGGGGGAGAAACUCUUCUAAAGAUGGGAAACGGCAAAAUCGUGCCAACUCCAGGUCCCAGCAAGGGUAAGGCUGUCAUUUUACAAGGACGCGAAAUUAGUCAUCUUGCUCCUAUUCCUUUGGGAUACACCGAGAGAAUCACAGCAGUCACCUCGUACAGGGCAAAAGAUGCAACCAAGCCAGAUAUGUCAGUGUUGAGCACGGUCAAGCCCGAGAUUUCAUUUGGUUCAAUGUACAACGAGUUCUAUCCAGAAUGGAUUGAAUACAGAAUGAACCUAAUCAAGGAAAGAUGUGAUCUGCUCACCACCAAGGUCAACAGCGACCUCAAGGCAGGCAAAACCUUUGCUAAAGAUGAUGCCAUGAAGACGUUGAAGGAGAUGGACGCCUAUCUCCACAAGACCUGGAAAGAGAUGGAGGUCACUCCAGAGGAGUAUGCCAGAAUGCUCGCAAAACAGUGA